CUCAAGGGUCCCUCAAAACAGUUUCAAGCCUUAAGAGUGCAGGAGGUUAACAGGCAGAUUAAAGGCCAGUUAAACAUCGAGAUGAGAUUAUUACAAGGGUGUGAUGACCGGAUUUCCUAUCAAUGAUGGUACUCUGUAGGCUUUCUUGAAGCCUCUGCAGAGUCCCUGGACCAGAACGGUUAGUGGGGACUGCAGGAUCUUCCUUCUAACCAGGCUCGACUGUGCCGCCAGACCUGGGUGAGCCCACAGAUGCCAGCCCAGCUUCAAGCCCCUGGGAAGGGUCAAGUCAUCAACAGGAGAGCCUAAGGGCCCAGGCCCAGCAUGAACAUGCCAGCCAAUGGAGAUUCUCUCCAGUCGUCCCUGGCCCUGGCUGCAGAGAAACAUGGCGGCUCACUUGAGGUAUCCAUAUCAUUUGAGGAUGUGACUGUGAACUUCAGCAGGGAGGAAUGGCAGCAUUUGGACCCUGUUCAGAGACGCCUGUACUGGGAUGUGACACUGGAGAACUACCAUCAUCUGAUCUCAGUGGGAUAUCAAGUUCCCAAAUUAGAAGCCAUCUACAAGUUGGAGCAAGGAGAGAGGCCAUGGACACUGGAGGGGGAAGCCCCAUGUCAAAGCUGUUCAGGUGAAGAUAGUAGGAAAACUCAACAACAGGAAAUUUCUGGAGAAGUUUCAUUCCACUGUGAGAGAUUUGAUCAACCCACAGGAGAAGAUUCACUGUGUUCCAUUUUGGAAGAACUGUGGCAAGAGAAUGACCAACUAGAGAGAUAUCAGGAAAACCAGAUGAACCCUUUAAGUCUUGUCAAAAUAUUAAUUAAGGAGAGGGGCUACGAAUGUCAAAACCUUGAAAGAAUAAUUCACAUGACUACCAAGCUUGUUCCUUCAAUUAAAAGACUCCAUAAAUAUGACACAUUUGGAAAGAGUUUGAAGCAUACUUUAAACUUACAUAAUUAUAACCAAAGCACUGCAACAAAGAGCCUUGAGAGGAUAUUUGGAAAUGGUAACAAUUUCGCUGACAGUUCUUUCUCUACUAAGAAUGAGAAUACUAACACAAGAGCGAAUUCCCAUGGACAUAAUCAGUGUGAAGAACACGUCAAUCACAAACAAACUCUCAUUGAUCAUCAGAAAAUUCUUACUGGGGAGAAACUUCAUGGAUGUAGUAAAUGUGUAAAGGGCUUCAGUCAGAAGUUGGAUCUCUUUGGACAUCAGAAAAUUCAUGCUGGAGAAAAAUCCCAUGGAUGCAACAAAAGUGAGAAAGUCUUCACUCAGAAGCCAAAACUUGAUAGACAUCAGAGUGUUCAGAUAGGAGAGAAACCCUAUGUAUGUACUCAAUGUGGGAAGGCCUUUACCUUCAAGUCAAACCUCAUUACACACCAGAAAAUUCAUACUGGGCAGAAGCCCUAUAAAUGCAGUGAAUGUGGGAAAGCCUUUUUCCAGAAAUCAGAUCUCUUUAGACAUCUGCGAAUUCAUACAGGAGAAAAACCUUAUGAAUGUAGUGAGUGUGGAAAAGGCUUCUCCCAGAAUUCAGACCUCAGUAUACAUCAGAAAACUCAUACCGGAGAGAAACACUAUGAAUGCAGCGAAUGUGGAAAAGCCUUCACAAGAAAAUCUGCCCUCAGGAUGCAUCAGAGAAUUCACACAGGAGAGAAACCUUAUGUGUGUACUGAGUGUGGGAAGGCCUUCAUCCAGAAAUCACACUUCAAUACACAUCAGAGAAUUCACACUGGAGAGAAACCUUAUGAAUGCAGAGAUUGUGGGAAAUCAUUCACUAAGAAGUCGCAGCUCCAUGUGCAUCAGCGAAUUCACACAGGAGAGAAACCCUACAUAUGUACAGAGUGUGGAAAGGUCUUCACUCAUAGGACAAAUCUCACCACACAUCAGAAGACUCACACUGGGGAGAAGCCUUAUAUGUGUGCUGAAUGUGGGAAGGCUUUUACUGAUCAGUCUAAUCUCAUCAAACACCAAAAAACUCAUACUGGAGAGAAACCCUAUAAAUGCAAUGGCUGUGGGAAAGCUUUCAUAUGGAAGUCACGCCUCAAAAUCCAUCAGAAAUCUCAUAUUGGAGAGAGACACUAUGUGUGCAAGGAAUGUGGGAAAGCCUUUAUCCAGAAAUCAACACUAAGAGUGCAUCAGAGAAUUCACACAGGGGAGAAACCCUAUGUUUGUCCUGAAUGUGGGAAGGCUUUCAUCCAGAAAUCACAUUUCAUUGCACACCAUAGAAUUCAUACUGGAGAAAAGCCUUAUGAAUGUGGUGACUGUGGAAAAUGCUUCACUAAGAAGUCACAGCUCCGGGUACAUCAGAAAAUUCACACAGGCGAGAAGCCCAAUAUAUGUGCUGAAUGUGGAAAGGCCUUCACGGAUCGGUCAAAUCUCAUAACACACCAGAAAAUCCAUACAAGGGAGAAACCCUAUAAAUGCAGUGACUGUGGAAAAACCUUUACCUGGAAGUCACGCCUCAAUAUACAUCAGAAAUCCCAUACUGGAGAGAGACACUAUGAAUGCGGUAAAUGUGGGAAAGCAUUUAUCCAAAAAGCAACACUCAGCAUGCAUCAGAUAAUUCAUACAGGAAAGAAACCUUAUGCUUGUACACAAUGUCAGAGAGGUUUCACUGACAGAUCGAAUCUUAUUAAACACCAGAAAACACACAGUGGAGAAAAACACUACAAAGCCAGUGACUGAAGGCUGUUUCAGAACUGGAAAUCACAACACGUCCAUCAGAUAGGUCCUAGUGGUAAAGAGGAAUGCCUGAUGCUGCAAUCACUGUGCAGGGGGAAGUAGAAAUGAGAGGCAGUGUGACCUGAGGGAGCAGAAGCCAGGCAAAGCCAAAUAGCCUUCACUCAACUAGAAAUAAAAGUUCCAGCAUCACCACAACUGACAGACUCUUAAAUGCACAGGAAGACCAUUUAGAUGGAAUAUCUGAGCAACAGUUAUGUUUGGUUACAUGAUUGAUACUGAGGCUGUCAACUCCUGAAAAUGGUAGAAAUAAAGACACGAGAUGACUCAUCAUCUCUUAUGUUCCAUUUUUGGGAUGAAGGACUUAUACAUUUCAGCACUCAUUAGUUCUUUGUAUCCUGGGACAUAAAAGUACUCAGUAUUGGCCCAAAUUGUUUCACAUUUCUAGGGUGAGGAGAAGUUUUCCAUUGUCCAGUUGAAGGGCCCUGAAGUUAAGGCUAAAAAUUUAUUGAAAAUGCAGAUCUGUCAGUAGAACCAGAAGAGUUUGUGAUCCUUGAUAAUUGAGACACAGAAAGAUUCCCAUGAAGAACUACUCUUUCUAAAUGAAAGAGAAUUUUUAGACUUAAAUUUUGACCUUAAGAACUGGAA